GUCAUUGUGUAUAUUCAUGGAGGUGGAUUUAGUGAUGGCGCCAAUUCGGCUAUUUUAGAUGGCAGUAAUCUGGUCCGCCAGGCAACAAAGCUAGGGCGUCCUGUGAUUGUGGUUGUUCCCAACUAUCGACUUAACUUCCACGGGUUCUUCUCUUGUCCAGAGCUUAUUGCAGAUAUUGAGUCGGAUCCAAAUCUCAAGACUGAUUACGAGAGGGCUACCGGGAACUGGGGACUUCAAGACCAACGUCUUGCGUUUGAAUGGGUCCACAACAACAUUGCAGCUUUUGGUGGUGAUCCCUCCAAUAUCACGGCUAUGGGUCAAUCA